AUGGCCCAGCUCGCCAGCCAGGGGGGAGUAUUCCCCCGCGCAAAGAGCGGACAAUGUCGCGCCCACCACGCCUUCUCCAGCAGCACCGCGCGCAUCACCAUCGUCUGCUACGCGGUCUACUUCGUCAUUUUCCUAGGGCUCCUCUUCUUCACUGCCGCGCGAUUCCUCGCCAGCGAGGGCAAGCGUAAAUCGAUAGCACACGCCCAAACCAUCGCAGUCAUAACGACGACCCUAGGCGAAUGCGCCGUCCUCAACGCCCAAGAAGCCACGCAGGCCCUCCUCCCGAUAACCUGGCUCAUCAGCCUCGGCAAACUCGCCCUCUUCAGCCUGAUCCUCCUCCCGCUGUGUCGCCGCCUGCACCACGGCGCAAGCCACCGGACCAUCGACCGGUGGAUUCUCAUCCCGCAUUCCAUUUUGGUCGCAGUGCUGGCGGCACUGGUGCUCGCUGCGCUGGGCGUGCAGACGCGUCUCGUCGAGCGAGUCAUUCACCCCACGCGAUUUACUUUCCCGGAGUUGCAGCGCUGGGAACGUACGGAAAAGAGACUGUGGGUGGCGGUGGACGUGGUGGAGGUGCUGGGGAUGAGCGUUGCGGCGGCGCGCAUGGGCUGGGCCGUUUGGUCGGCGCGGCAUUUACGCGGUGGGGAACUCGGCUUCUUCAUUCCCCUGCUGAUCGUCUCGUCGGUGGGGCUGGCCCUGACGGAUCUGGUGGGGUAUGUGGAGGGCCCUGCGUUUCGGAAUACGUUCGGGUACGACUCAAAGAUGGUCAGGGGGCAGCAGGCCAGGAUGUAUGUCGAGUAUUUCUUCUACGCCGGGGCGGUGCUCAGUGCGGGGGUGGUGGUGGCGUCGCGGCGGUUGGGGAGGGGGGAGGCGAGGCUGAGUAUGUCCAGUGUUCGGGGGAAGGGGUAG